AUGGAUCAUGUAAAUGUUUAAUCGAAUAUAUGCACCAAGAGGGAUAUAUAAAUUUUGAUAUUUUUCUACUAAUUUGACAGGAAAUUAAAAUAACAUGGGUUUAUUUGUAUCGAAAUUGACGAAUCUAUUCGAGUCUUUUUCUUCUGGAUCACGUGCUAGAAUCAUUAUGCUUGGUUUAGAUAAUGCAGGGAAAACGACGAUUUUAUAUAAGCUUAAACUGAAUGAGAAGAUAAGUGAUAUACCAACUAUAGGAUUUAAUGUGGAGACCCUGUCCCCUGUAAAGGGCGUGACCUUUACUGUGUUUGAUGUUGGGGGUCAGGACAGGCUGCGGUCACUGUGGAGACACUACUACCAAGGAUCAGAGGGCUUAGUGUAUGUGGUGGAUAGCAACGACAAAGAAAAGAUAGCAGAAUCAAGUAAAGAACUGUUUGGAAUUUUACAAGAUGACGAAAUGAAGGGAGUCCCAGUGGUGAUCAUUGCUAACAAAAAAGAUCUUCCAAAUGCUGUAAGUACCUCGGAGAUGGCAGAAAUGAUGCGCUUGCACAGGUUGACCACACGAAAAUGGUUCAUUCAAGCAGCAUGUGCAAUAACAGGAGAGGGAAUCUAUGAGUCCAUGAAGGAAUUAUCAACUAUGGUCAAAGACUUUAAGAAAGAGAACUCUGAUAUAUGGUCCAUGGGUUUACUUUUAUCUAAAUUAACGAUUCUAUUGGAGUCUUUUUCCUUUAGAUCACCUGCCAAAAUUCUUAUACUUGGCUUAGAUGCUGCAGGAAAACCAGCAAUAUUUUACAGACUUAAUCUCAGAGACAACCAAACAACCAUUCCUACCAUGGGAUUUGACGUGGGGACCGUGUCCCCAGUAAAGGGUGUGUCCUUUACCGUGUGGGACCUAGGUGGUCGAGACAGAAUGAGAUCACUCUGGAAGUACUACUACCAAAAUACACAUGUAUCUGUUUUAGGAUUGGUUUACGUGGUGGAUAGUGGAUAUCGUGAUAGAAUCACAGAGUCUCGAGAGGAACUCUUUAAUGUCCUACAAAACGAGGAGAUGACGGGAGUCCCUGUGAUGAUUAUUGCUAACAAACAAGAUCUCUCAAAUCCUUUAGGUACUUCUGAGAUAGCAGAUAUGAUGUGCUUACACAUACUGACGCCCCGAAAAUGGUCUAUUCGAUCCGCAUGCGCAACAACAGGGGAAGGAAUCUUCGAUGCUAUGCAAGAAUUAGCAACGAUGAUCAAAGAAUAUAAAAGGGAGAGAGUAAAACAAGUUAAAUGAAUAUAACAAAUAAAAUAUGUUCUUGAUUCAAGUGUACCAAUCAAUGUGAAGCUUAUAAUGAUGAACAAAAAAUAUA